UCAAGUUGUUGUUGCCCUGCUUUUAUUUUUUAAUACUUGAAUGGCGGAGACUAUCAAAAAAUUGAUUUAUUGCUCGUCGUAUUGCUCUUGUUUUACUAAUAAUCAUUUGUAAUGUGAACUUAAUAAGACUAUCAAAGCGCUAUAUUUACUUUAUUACAUAAAAUGUGUCGUAAUCGCGUUGUAAACUUGAAUAAAAAAUCUAAUUAAAACUACUUGUCAGACAAUCAUAUGUUAGUAAUUAGUGAUGUCAGUGUUUGUUUACUAAUGACAGUUUCUGUGAAAAUCUUGUUAUUUUUCAAGAUUUCGUUAUGAAUAUUCCGGAAUCGACUGGAGAGUCAUCGUGUAAACGACAAGAAAAUGGCGACGCAUCAGCAGGUUCUGAUCGCCCACUUAAAAAGGCUCGUUUCGCGUGGCAAGUUAAAGGAAAAUAUCACUUGAAAAAUGGUGCUUCCGACCCUGGAAAACCCUCAAAUGUUAUUUCGAACGAGUUAGACAGGGCUAGCUCGUCUUCGGAUAACGAAAACGAAUGUAUUGACGCAGUUGGCAACACGGAACAAAAUUUGGAAAGAUUAGGCGAUUACUUACUGAAGCAGGAUUUUAAUACUCUUGACUCAGUUAUCACUGACUCUGAGAACUCUCUAUUGAAGCCCAGCACAAGUUUAUCAUCCGAGAAACUGCCUUAUCCUAGAUACGUGAGCUCAUUUGACAACAGUAGCUCUAACAAUAGUAUGUCCUCUAGUGCAAACAGUCAUGAGAACAGAUCUAUUCCCAUGUCCAUGGUCGUGUCUGCAUCCUACAGUGAGGACCAGUGUAUAGCGCGGUGGCAGGCCAGACAGAUGGCCAAAGGAUUUGUGGACAACACAAUAAACCGCGUGUUGGAUUCAUGGAUGGUAGCCCCCCUGCCCACGGACAUGGACAACAAUCGGUUCCUGGCCCUGGAUGUUGCAGAGUUCAUCAACAACAUGCCUAGUGACAACAGCAUUGAAAACGAAGGCAUCCUCAUGGCCAUAUCAGCACACGGCUUACAGAAUACUUCUAGCUCGAGUAGCAACGAGGACAGUCAGAAUGACGAGCAAGCCUGCAGUUACAUGAGUGUCAAAGAUGACGCAUUCCCUUCACCUCCCAGCAGUCCUAUACGCUCAGACGAUGGAAUUAGAAGUGAACCCAUAAAACUAAAACAGAGUGAUGAUGGUGCCUCAAAUGAACUAGAUCUGUCUUGGUACAGUGAUGACAAAAGAAAUGUAAAUAGUGAAACACAAUUUUCAUUCUUCCCUGAGUCUUCCACUUCAUCAUAUCAAUACUUCACUGAGUCGGAGCAGCUUCAGCCAUCCAGUAUCGACUAUGACGGGAGUGAAAAUAUGAACUCUAGUGGUGCUGAUAUCAUGACAAGUCACUAUGACUUCCUAGAUGCUGCAGUUUCUUUUGCGAUACAAAACAAAGGACUGACUUCUUUUGGAUCUGAUUAUGGUUAAACAAAACUUGUUUGAUUCAAAAUGUCACAUGCAAGCAUCAUAAAUGACAAAAAUAUUGUAUAUAAAUAAUCACUUUAAAUUGAAGAAAUCGUCUCCAACUUAGAAGAGUAAAAUGACAGUAGCGAUAUUUAUGAGAUUACCACAUUAUUGUAAAGACGUAAUU